CGUCACCGGCCAGCCCCGCCCCUGGAGGGUCCGGGCCCCGGCGGCCCGGCGGCCCCGGGAGGGGGAGUCAGUUGAAGCGAACGGAGCUCGGCGGAGGGCGGGCCAGGUGACUGGUCCGGGCCAUGCCGAGGAAGAAGCCCUUCAGCGUGAAGCAGAAGAAGAAGCAGUUGCAGGACAAGCGGGAGCGGAAGCGAGGGCUUCAAGAUGGGCUGCGAUCCAGUUCCAACAGCCGCAGCGGGAGCCGGGAGCGGCGGGAGGAGCAGACCGACACCUCGGACGGGGAGUCUGUGACCCAUCACAUCCGCAGGCUCAACCAGCAGCCUUCCCAGGGGCUGGGCCCGCGAGGCUUUGACCCAAAUCGAUACCGGCUGCAUUUUGAACGGGACAGCCGGGAGGAGGUGGAGAAGAGAAAGAGAGCAGCCCGGGAGCAAGUGCUACAGCCGGUCAGUACUGAAAUGCUGGAGCUGGACAUCCAGGAGGUCUACCAGCCUGGUUCAGUGCUGGACUUUCCACGGCGUCCCCCUUGGAGCUAUGAGAUGUCUAAGGAGCAACUAAUGAGCCAGGAGGAACGGAGCUUUCAGGAGUAUCUUGGGAAGAUUCAUGGGGCUUUCACCUCAGAGAAGCUUAGCUACUUUGAGCACAAUCUGGAGACAUGGAGGCAACUGUGGCGAGUGUUAGAGAUGUCUGACAUUGUCCUGCUUAUCACUGAUGUCCGACAUCCAGUUGUGAAUUUCCCACCAGCACUUUAUGAGUACGUGACUGGAGAACUUGGGCUGGCCCUGGUGCUGGUCCUGAACAAGGUGGAUCUGGCCCCGCCGGCUCUCGUGGUUGCCUGGAAGCAUUAUUUCCACCAACACUUUCCCCAGCUCCAUAUUGUCCUUUUUACCUCUUUUCCUCGGGACCCCCGCAUCCCACAAGACCGGAGUGGUGUCUUGAAGAAGAGUCGGAGGCGGGGGAGAGGAUGGGGUCGGGCCCUGGGGCCAGAGCAGCUGCUGAGAGCCUGUGAAGCCAUCACUUCGGGGAAAGUGGAUUUGAGCAGCUGGCAGGAGAAGAUUGCCCGGGAUGUGGCUGGGGCCACCUGGGGCAAUGGCUCUGGUGAGGAGGAGGAAGAGGAUGACGGGCCAGCAGUCCUGGUGGAGCAGCAGACUGACUCGACCAUGGAGCCAGCCGGCCCAACCCAAGAGCGCUACAAGGACGGGGUGGUGACCAUCGGCUGUGUGGGUUUCCCCAAUGUGGGCAAGUCCUCACUGAUCAAUGGGCUGGUGGGGCGGAAGGUCGUGAGUGUCUCCAGAACCCCGGGCCACACCCGCUACUUCCAGACCUACUUUCUGACCCCCUCUGUGAAGCUCUGUGACUGCCCGGGCCUCAUAUUCCCCUCCCUUCUGCCCAAGCAGUUGCAGGUGCUGGCAGGGAUCUACCCCAUUGCUCAGAUCCAGGAGCCCUACACCGCUGUGGGCUACCUGGCCUCCCGAAUACCUGUGCAGGUCCUGCUCCACCUGCGCCACCCAGAGGCUGAGCACCCCUCAGCAGAACACCCCUGGUGUGCCUGGGACAUCUGUGAAGCCUGGGCAGAGAAACGUGGCUACAAGACGGCCAGGGCUGCGCGGAAUGACGUGUACAGAGCGGCCAACAGCCUCCUGCGGCUGGCGCUGGACGGCCGCCUCAGCCUGUGCUUCCACCCGCCCGGCUACGCCCAGCAGAAAGGCACCUGGGAGUCUCAUCCAGAGACCAUGGAGCUGGUGGCUUUGCAGGGCAGGGUGGGGCCAGCAGGUGAUGAGGAGGAGGAGGAGGAAGAAGAAGAGCUGAGCAGCUCCUGUGAGGAGGAGGGAGAGGAGGACCGGGACGCAGAUGAGGAGGGGGAAGGGGAUGAGGACACCCCCACCUCAGCUCCCAGGUCCAGCCUGGCCUCGAGAAACCCUUACACCAUGCUGGGUGAGGAUGAGUGCUAGGCCAUACUCUGUGCUGUCUGCUUUUGGACUGACUGGGGUAUGUCCCCUCUGCCAUCCCAAUUGUGAAUAAAGAUUGUCUGCUUUGUA